UUAAUUUGUUUUGGCCAACGACACAUCGAACACCGGGAGAGCUGCGGUUAAGAUUCGCCUUAUUUACGACACCUUCCUUAUAAUUAACACAUAGUACCCGUCGACUGCAUUCAACAUGUGCAACGCUCUCUGCGAAUGUCUCAAAUGCCCCGGCAAAGUGGUUUGCUGCUGCUGUAACUGUGCCUGCAAAUUGCUGAUGAGCAUUCUCUGCUCAAUCAUUGUCCUGGUCGUCGUAGUUGGAUUAAUUGUUUACUUCACGGUCUACUAUCACAAGGAUAAGGGCACCGAUGACGUUCAGAAGCAGGUCUCCCAACUGACGCCCAUUGUAAAGCGCAGCAUACGCGACUAUUUUAAUAAGGAAUAUUGAUCUAGAGCGAUGAAUUUAUACCAUAGACAACAUUUUUUUCACAUUUUAUUAAAUAACAAUUAUCACAAAUAACAAA